AUGUUUAUAAGAAGCCUUGGUAAAGACGCAGCGAAACUGUUAAGCAAUCAUCCAUGUAUGAUUAUGAAUGCUACUACGCAUAUUAAACAUGAUAUGAGAUGUUAUGACUUACUUGUAAAAAGAAAUUUAUCUUUUACGAAAAUUCAUUUAACGCACUACUUAGAGGACUAUUAUACUUCCCCUGAAAUUGCAACUAAUAUGGUAUCCCCCAUGUCUGAAUAUGUUUGGUGGAGUUGGCUAAUAUUACAAGGUGUUAUAGUUUUCGGCACACUGUUUCAUUCGAAUUACUAUUUCACUGGAAAGCCUCUGCCAAAGGUUCAAGGGAAUUCUCAGUUAUGUGAAGACUCAUGGUAA